AAUGCACUAUAUUUUCAUUUCCAUUUCAAUUUGUUUAUUGCUUAGUUCAUUCAAUCGAUGAUAUCGUUUUGAGGAAUCACUAAUUGUAUAGGGGAGAGAGAGAGAGAGAGGGAGUGAAAAUGCCUGCUGAGAACUCUAAGUCGAAGUCGAACAAUGGUGAAUGUGAUGGAGAAGUUGAAGCGUUUGUUGAGGUUGAUCCAACGGGGAGGUUUGGGCGUUACAACGAUCUGCUAGGGUGUGGAGCAGUGAAGAAGGUUUACAGAGGAUUCGAUCAAGAGGAAGGCAUUGAGGUGGCUUGGAAUCAGGUUCGGUUGAGGAAUUUCAGUGAAGAUCCGGUUCUCAUUAAUCGCCUUCAUUCUGAGGUCGAGUUGCUUAGAACCCUAUCAAACAAAUACAUCAUUGUUUGUUACAGUGUCUGGAAAGAUGACCAUCACCACACUAUCAAUUUCAUCACUGAGAUCUGCACUUCUGGUAACCUCAGAGAUUACCGCAAGAAGCAUCCCCAUGUCUCCAUCAAGGCUUUCAAGAAAUGGUCCAAACAACUCCUUCAGGGUUUGGAGUAUCUUCACACUCACGACCCCUGCAUUAUUCACAGGGAUCUCAAUUGCAGUAACAUCUUUGUUAACGGCAACAUUGGCCAGGUGAAAAUUGGUGAUCUUGGAUUGGCAGCAAUAGUGGGAAGGAACCAUGCGGCGCAUUCAAUUUUAGGGACGCCGGAGUAUAUGGCUCCGGAGCUGUAUGAGGAAGAUUACACUGAGAUGGUGGACAUAUACUCUUUCGGAAUGUGUUUGCUUGAAAUGGUUACAAUGGAAAUACCCUACAGUGAAUGUGACAGUGUCGCCAAGAUAUACAAAAAGGUGACAAUGGGAAUUAGGCCUCAGGCCUUGAGCAAAGUCUCAGAUACAGAGGUGAAGGCAUUCAUUGAGAAGUGCAUAGCACAACCAAGGGCUAGACCUUCAGCCACGGAUCUCCUCAAGGAUCCUUUCUUUUAUGAACUCACCAAUGAUGAAGAAUCAACACCCAUCAAUUGAUUGCGUUCCUUCAAACGGAAUCAAGGAGUUCAUUGUUACUUAGAUGACCCCUUUUGUCCAAACUACCUUUUACUUCCUAGUAUAUGAAUGUAUCCUGAACUGAUUGUUAGUACAUGCAUUUCUAUUCCAGCUUCACCAUAAAGGUGAUGUACAUAACUUCAUCGGUGGACUGAACUAUAGACAAUAUUGAUCCCUUUGGCGAAAAGUGAAAAUGCUAAUCCCCUUAUAGAUUCUCCAGCAGAUUCCAUCAUUUAUUUCUCGCAUUUUCUGUUCAUUGAGAUGGUCCCCUCAAAAUUGGUUGCAGCUUUGAAUCAUAAACAGACAAGUAUCUAAUUAGAUGGUUAUCUCGCACCUACAUUUUUCUGUGUCCACCCAAAGUGCAUUAUACCACGAGGUAGGGUGUAAAACGUGGACAUGCAAAUAUAUAUAGCCAUUGUUCUUUUUGCAUAUCGUGGAUGCUUAAAAUUCUACUUACUUUGACAGCGUCAACCGAAUCAAACGUGGCCUAUUUAUGGCAGGUGACACAACUGUUGCAACAAAAUGUGCUGUAAAGCACUGACUGUACAAUCUAUUUGCUGUCUUAAUUGCUAUACUGUUUAAUUAGUGGGAUGGAAGUUGACAUGAAAGCAAGGAGAACUGACCAGCAUGUUACCGAACUCAUUAUACUACUGUUUAAGGGAAAACGAGACGAUGUGUCAACCUUAGUCCUUAAAAGUUAAAUUCUGAAUCUUAGUGCUUAGAAUUGUAAUUAACAUUUUUUUCAUAUUUUUAUCCUGGGGCCAAAUAUUUUAACUGAAUGAGCUGGUAAUAGUUGGAAAAUU